GCUUGAACAAACAUCUGUUUUGAUCUGAAGAAAAAUAAUCUGAAAUCAUCCUUCAUUCUUUUCUUGUUUAUCAUCUGCUUCUAAUCCUGAACUCAGACAUGUCUGCUGGUCUGAGGUUGGAGGAUCCAUUCCUGUGCUCCAUCUGUCUGGACCUGUUCUCUGAUCCGGUCAGCACCUCAUGUGGACACAACUUCUGUAAAACCUGCAUCAGCCGACACUGGAGCAGAAACGUUCUGUGCGACUGUCCUCUGUGUAAAGAACAGUUCCCCUCCAUGCCUCACAUCAGAGUCAACACUUUACUGAGAAACACAGUUGAUCAGUUCAGACUUGAAGCUCAACAAGCUGCAGAACCAGGAGAAGUUCCCUGUGACGUCUGCACUGGAACCAAACUGAAGGCCCUGAAGUCCUGCCUGGUGUGUCUGSYCUCCUACUGUCAGACUCACCUGGAGCCUCAYCUGACAGCUCCACGUCUGAAAAGACAUCAGCUGCUGGAUCCUGUGGAGAACCUGGAGGACAGGAUGUGUUUGAAGCAUGAUAAACCUCUGGAGCUGUUCUGUAAGACUGACCAGACCUGUGUCUGCUCCCUCUGCUCUGUUCUGGACCACAAGACUCAUGAGUUUGUUCCUCUGACAGAAGAAAGUGAAGGAAAGAAGGCAGAGCUGAGGAACACAGAGGCUGAAGUUCAGCAGAUGAUCCUCAACAGACAGCUGAAGAUCCAGGAAAUCAAAUUGUCGCUGAAGAUCAGUAAAGCUGCUGCAGACAGAGAGAAAGCAGAAGGUCUUCAGGUCUUCACUGAUCUGAUGGACUCUGUGGAGAGGAACAAGAAGAGCUUCAUGAAGGAGGUGGAAGACAAACAGAAAACUACAGAGAAACAGGCUGAAGACUUCAUCAAAGACCUGGAACAGGAGAUCUCUGAGCUGACGAAGAGGAGCUCUGAGCUCAAGCAGCUCUCACGCUCUGAAGACCACCUGCACCUCCUCCAGAACUUCAGCUCCCUGAAAGCUGCUCCACCCACCGAGAACUGGACCCAGGUCACAGUUGAUCCAUCAUAUGAGGGGACUGUGGUGAGAGCUGUGGCUCAGCUGGAGGAGGAGCUCAGGGAGAAGAUGGAGAAGAUGAUGGAGGCUGAGCUGAAGAGGGUCCAGAAGUUUGAGGUGGAUCUGACUCUGGAUCCUAAAACUGCUCAUCCUUACCUCAUCCUGUCUGAGGAUGGAAAACAAGUUCACUGUGGAGAUGUGUGGAAGAAGCUUCCAGACGACCCAGAGAGAUUUGUUUUUUAUGUUGCUGUUUUAGGGACUCAGAGUUUUUCUUCAGGCAGAUUUUACUUUCAGGUUCAGGUUAAAGGAAAAACUAAGUGGGAGUUGGGAGUGGUCAGAAAGUCCAUCAAAAGAAAGGGACUCAUCACACGGAGUCCUCAACAUGGUUUGUGGACUUUUGGGUUGACAAAUGAAAAUGAGUACUGUGCUGCUGAUGAUCCUCCAGUCCAUCUCAGUCUUCAGCCUGGUCCUGAGACAGUGGGGGUGUUUGUGGACCAUCAGGAGGGUCUGGUCUCCUUUUAUGAUGUGGAUGCUGCAGCUCUGAUCUACUCCUUCACUGGCUGCUGCUUCACGGAGGAACUCUACCCGUUCUUCUACCCUUAUCUUAACCAUGAGAGUGAAAACUCAGCUCCUCUGAUCAUCUGUCCUGUCAGUCAAUCAGCCUGAUGUUUCCUCUUGUAGCAGGGUGUCGUGUGUGUGUGUGUGUGUGUGUGUGUGUGUGUGUGUGUG